UUUGACUUUGACUUGUAUGUAGGUUUGAGUGUUUGUGGUAUUUUGUAUUUGUAAUAAAAACAUAAUAAAAACUAAAAAAUUAAAAUUCUAUCCAACAACAGUUUCCUCUUUUGAGUUGAGACUUCCUAAUGAACAAAAAUUGAGAGUAACUACAGUUAAGAAUAUUUAAAACCCAUGUCUAAAAGAUUAGCCAUGUCAGAUGCAUGGGAGGAAAUUCAAGCGGUGAAAAGCAAGCGAAAUAGUUUAAGAGAGAAGUUAGAAAAGAGGAAGAAAGAAAGGCAAAGUAUUCUUGGUGCAACUUUGGCCAGCGACAAAAAUGAAGGGACGCCGGUCACCUCAUCAAGUAGAGACAGAGCAGUUGGAAGUCCGGCAUCGGCCAAAACUGAAACUCCUUUAGAGAAACCUAAACCAAUGCUCUCAGCAUCCCUAGAAGUGAGGUUGCUACAAGUGCUGUCAGACAUGCAGUUGCAACUGCCUGCAACAGCCAGUGCUCUUUUGCCAGGCUUGGGUGAUGUUGAUACUGGCAUUGUUGCCAGUUUAUUACAGAAGUUUGCCACUCAGAAGCUUAUUGUAAUAAAAGAAAGAACUGAAAGCACGACAGAUGCCAGCAUAGAAGUUGUGAGCGCUGAAUCUGUGAGACUGGCUGCAGUUUUAGCUGCUCUUAUGGAGGAACAGUCUGCCCCUGCCAAGAGAAAAGGUGAUAAAAAAAUAGAGGAAGGACCAAAUCCAAAAGUUUCUAAAACCACAACAGAUGAAAAGAAAACAGGGAAAGACGAUACAGACAUUAUGUCUUUGCUGGCAAUGCCUUCAAGUCGAGAGAAAGCAGUGAAAAGAGUUGGAGAAGAAAUCAUGGAUCUAUUGAGCAAACCCACAGCCAAAGAGAAAUCACUUGCUGACAAAUUCAAGAGUCAAGGAGGUGCUCAAGUAAUGGAGUUCUGUCCGCAAGGCACGCGCGCGGAAUGCGUACGUGCGUUCAAGAGUCCAGGUGGCGAGCCCGGUGGCUACACCUGCAAGAAGCUGCACUUCAAGAAGAUCAUCCAGAGCCACACGGAUGAGAGCCUCGGAGACUGCUCCUUCCUCAACACCUGCUUCCACAUGGACAGCUGCAAGUAUGUUCACUAUGAAGUUGACAAUGCUGAUCCUAACUUAAACGCGAACAAAUUAAUCGCAGAAACGGUUACAAAAGGAAGUCACAAUGGUACCAAUGUAACUCCAAAACAAGAUGGAGUGCUAACCUUGACACCACCCCAGUGGAUCCAGUGUGAUUUGAGAUAUUUAGACAUGACAUUUUUAGGAAAGUUCGCGGUGAUAAUGGCGGAUCCGCCGUGGGACAUCCACAUGGAGCUGCCGUACGGCACCAUGUCCGACGACGAGAUGAGGUGCCUGGGGGUGCCGCAGCUGCAGGACAGCGGCCUAAUCUUCCUGUGGGUUACCGGUCGGGCUAUGGAGCUCGGUAGGGAGUGCCUGAAGCUGUGGGGCUACGAGCGCGUGGACGAGCUGAUCUGGGUGAAGACCAACCAGCUGCAGCGGAUCAUACGCACCGGCCGCACGGGCCACUGGCUCAACCAUGGCAAGGAACAUUGUUUGGUGGGAAUGAAGGGCAAUCCCGACAAUCUGAACCGUGGCCUCGAUUGUGACGUCAUCGUGGCGGAAGUGCGCGCAACGUCGCACAAGCCUGAUGAAAUCUACGGCAUUAUUGAAAGGUUGAGUCCUGGCACAAGAAAAAUAGAGUUAUUUGGUCGACCACACAAUGUUCAACCUAACUGGAUAACCCUCGGUAACCAAGUAGACGGCGUCCGCUUGGUGGACCCCGAGCUAAUAGUCGCGUUCAAGAAGAGAUACCCCGACGGCAACUGCAUGGCGCCGCCGCCGCCCGACCCGGGCCUGCCCUAGCCCCAGACUUAAGCCGCGUUUACAUUGUGCAACUGUCUUGUACUAUACUCUAUCUAUAGAAAGAAGUUCGUAUAGCGUUCUCUCUGUUACGCAAUCCCACACAGAGGGCAGCACACAAACAUGUUUUCAAAAAUAAUUCGAAAUUCAAUUCGCAAAUGUUUUAAAAAAACAUUCGAAAUUCGAACUUCGUUGGUGACUCAAAAUGGUUAACGCCCACUGAGUUUUAGGCACUGUCAUUUGUAUGGGAUUACGCAACAGAUAGAGCCCUAUAUUAACUUCUUUCCGUGGAUAGAGUUAUAGCAAGUUGCAUUCAGCUUGAGUAGUGGAAACAUAAAUCUGUAUGUAGAUAGUUUUGAAUUUGUAAGCAAAAUGCACAACUGCCGUUUGCGUGCAAGUGGCAAGCCAGCUGGUGUACAAACUUCUUGCAUGUGAGGUGCAAGCUCUAGCAAACAUGUUUCCAAUGCAAGUAACUAGCACGCAAAUGUGACGUCAUACAUGCUCGCAAGUAUUUGCGCAGUGGAAACGCGACUUUACGAGACUCUUAGACAAUGGCCCAACGCACUCGGAAAAUGUGUACGGGGAUCAUUUACCGUGUGAACAAUGUUGGCCAACAAUGACACUAAAUGAAUCUUAAAAAAAUAGUUAGACUCUUGAUAAAUAAUACAAGAUGAGCUAACGGGACGUCAAAAAGUGUCCGCAAAAAUAUCCACUCAGUCCCAAUUGGGCGUUUAUUUGUUAUUUAACCGAUCCAUGCUUUAACGUUAUUUAAUUAAGGUAAGUUUUACAAUGCAAUGUUGGAGCACUUAUGUAAUUUUUUUUAACUCUGCUAUAAACAGCACAGUGUGAAAUUUAAUUGGAUUUUAAACAUUUUUAGCAAUAAAUAUUUUUCUUUAGCAUAAGUCAAUAUGUAUUUGUAAAUAAAUAAAAUAUUUUUUAAUA